AUAAGGUGGUAGUAGGAUAAGAUAAUUCGAACAGAAGGAACCCCGAUUACACUCAAAGCUCCGGUGAGGGAAGUACACUUUAAAGCCUCCGACUAUCUCCCCGUCGGCCGCAUGGAUGGCAGUCCAUCCUACUAGUCUUUGCUCAAUGGCCAUCGCUACACGGGUCCCACUGGGCUUCCCCGCAACCACCGCAACGCCAUUCUCGUUAAGGUCCAGUUCAUGUCAUAAUUUCAAUGCUUCCGGUUACCCAUUUCUUCAGAGAAGGGGAUCUAGAGGAUUUGGAGUGGUAUCGGCAGCAAUGGCGGAUUCGGUUCCAAGCACGGUCCUGGUCACCGGAGCUGGUGGCAGAACAGGACAAAUAGUUUAUAAGAAAUUGAAGGAGAGGUCGGGGCAGUAUGUUGCCAGAGGUCUAGUUCGAACAGAGGAGAGCAAGGGAAAAAUAGGUGGAGCAGAUGAUGUUUUUGUUGGGGAUAUAAGGGAUGGCAGCACCAUAGUUCCUGCAGUCCAAGGUAUUUAUGCACUCGUAAUCCUCACAAGCGCUGUGCCCAAGAUGAAACCUGGGUUUGAUCCAACCAAAGGUGAACGUCCUGAAUUCUAUUUUGAAGAUGGAGCUUAUCCUGAACAGGUCGAUUGGAUUGGGCAGAAAAAUCAAAUAGAUGCUGCUAAGGCUGCGGGAGUGAAGCAAAUUGUGUUGGUUGGGUCUAUGGGUGGAACAGAUUUAAAUAAUCCAUUGAACAGCUUGGGAAACGGCAAUAUAUUGGUAUGGAAGAGGAAGGCUGAGCAGUAUUUGGCCGACUCUGGUAUUCCAUACACUAUUAUAAGGGCUGGAGGCCUGCAAGAUAAAGAAGGGGGUAUCCGAGAAUUACUUAUUGGAAAGGAUGAUGAGCUUCUUAAGACAGAAACUAGAACCAUUUCCAGGGCAGAUGUGGCAGAAGUGUGCAUUCAGGCAUUACAGUUUGAGGAAGCCAAAUUUAAGGCUUUUGAUUUGUCCUCAAAGCCUGAGGGUGUUGGGACACCGACCAAAGAUUUUAAGGCUCUCUUUUCCCAAAUCGCUACUCGUUUCUGAGUUUCUACCGCCAUUGUAUUUGGUCUAUGAUAAUAUUUCCCACAUUCGGAGUUUUAUUUCAAAACAUAGUUAUGUAAUUCAAAAAUAAUUCAAAUUGCCCCAGUUGGCGUCCUUGUUACUA